AAUGAAUAGAGAAGACAUUGUCAAAGAGAAGAGGGUCUUUUACGACAAAUGUGGAUUUCCAAAUCUUGUUGGAGCAGUGGAUGGGACCUUAAUCCCAAUCACUACUCCAACUGUAGAUGAGGAAGUCUACAUUUGUCGUAAAGGUUAUCACGCCAUCAACUGCCAGGCCAUAGUUAACACCAGUUUGAAGUUUAUUGAUGUUGUUGCGAGAUGGCCGGGGUCUACCCAUGAUGGAGCGGUCUUUGACAAUUCAAGAAUUAAGGGACAUCUUGAUGUUACUGCAAAUGUCAUUCUCCUGGGCGACAGUGGCUACGCCCUGAGUCCUUCCCUACUCACCCCCAUAAGGAAUCUCCAUACCCAACAGGAAGAGCGGUACAACCGCAGACACAAGAGGGGUCGGGAAGUUGUGGAACGGGCAUUUGGAAUAUUAAAGUCAAGAUUCAGAUGUCUACAUCGAUCAGGGGGUGUUCUGCCCUAUAAGCCACAUCAGUGUGCGGCCUUGUUUGUUGCGUGCUGCCGCCUGCAUAAUCUUCUGAUGGAAAAUGGGGAUGAACAAGAAGUCGAUGCUGAUGUACAGGAGGAGGAUGACAAUGAUGAUGACCGUGUUUAAGUUGAACACAAUCAACGUAGUGCUGCUGUUCGGGAGUUUUAUUUUAAUCUAAAUUAACAUUCUUUUUUAUUUUAAAGGUGAUAUGAGGUUACAGAGCCGGGGACAUAGACAAAACAAGUCUAUAAAAUGUGUGUUUAUUUACAUCUGAUAAAGACAAAACAAGUCUAUAAAAUGUGUGUUCACUUACGUCUUGUUAAGACAAACCAAGUCUAUAAAAUGUGUGUUAAUUUACAUCAGAUAAAGACAAAACAAGUCUAUAAAAUGUGUGUUCAUUUACGUCUGAAAAAGACAAAACAAGUCUAUAAAAUGUGUGCUGAAUGAGACAUAGCUGAUUAAAUAUGUUUUGGGGCUGAGGGACAUAGCUGAUAUUAUAGCUUUUGGGCCAUGUGAUUUAGCUGAUUAUAUAGGUUCUUGGGCCGGGGGAUAUAGCUGAUAUCAUAGGUUUUGGGGUUAUGGAACAUAGCUGAUAUUAUAGGUUUGGGGGCUGUCGUGCAUGUGUCGUCAGCAAUUACCUUGUUAACCGUCUAGAAGCCACAUUUAUUUUCAAUAACCAUAAAUCUUGGUCAGAAGAUUUGUAUGAGUGAAAUAUCGGUCAAGUUUGAAACUGGGUGACCUCGGGUUAAAAACUUGGUCUCCAGAUCGAUUGGAAGAAAAGCUUGUUAACGCUCUAGAGGCCACAUUUAUAGCACAAUUAGCAUACAUCUUGGUCAGAACAUUUUAUCGACUGAGAUCACAAAAGAGUUUGAAACUGGGUCACCUCUGGUCAAAAAGUAGAUCAUCAGGUCAAAUUGAAAACUUUUUUAAAUACUCUUUUGCAUCAUUGCACAAACAUCAUAGUGCAUGGUAUUACAUGCUUGGUGCAACUCAUGUGAGUGCUUUAUGGCUAUUUGGCCCUUUUGUUAAAUUGUAGAUUAAAAUGUUUCUUUUUAUGUCCCCUAGCACUAUAGUAGGGAACAUAUUGUUUUUGCCAUG